AAACUUAAAACAGGCGUCCAAACGACCCCUAAUGCUCUGAUUGCUGAACCGUGGGUCCCAACUUAAAGAAAUUAAAAUUCCGAGCGAACUGUCGACACUCUAGGCCCGACUGCUGUGGCUGCCGCUGCCGCUGCUGCUGCUGAUCGGCCAUGGCGGCUCCCAAAAUCAAGACGAGCAGCUUCUCUCGCAACCCAACCAUCGGACCAACGGCCCGAGCCCAUGGCGUCAAGCACGGACCCAACGGCGGCGUCCUCGUCUCCUCCGGAAUCCCAGACCUCGACAAGAUUUUGGGAGGUGGGUUUUCUCUAGGAAGCCUUGUAAUGAUCAUGGAAGAUGCCGAAGCGCCUCACCAUCUUCUCCUCUUGAGAAAUUUCAUGUCUCAAGGCAUUGUUCACAACCAACCCCUUCUUUAUGCCAGCCCGACGAUGGAACCACGGGCAUUUCUAGGCACCCUUCCUAGCCCAAUUACAUCCAAUGACGACAAACGCGAGCUGGGUCCUGAUCACACCCAAGAACAGGAGAAGGGAUUGAGGAUUGCUUGGCAAUACAAGAAGUAUUUUGGAGAGCAGCCGAUUUCCGGGAAUUCUAGUGAUAACAGACAGGAGUAUUCCAACAAUUUUGACUUGCGGAAGCCUCUAGAAAGGCAAUUACUCAGCGCGCAACGUGUUCAUUGUAUAAGCAUUCAAGAUUCUCCACAUCUUACGUCACUCAAAGACCAAUGUUCUACCUUUUUAGCUCAACUUCCAAGAAACGAUGGUGCUGGUAUUGGGUUUGCUGGCCGCAUAGCUAUACAGUCACUCUGUGCUCCACAAUGCUGUUUCUCUGACUUGGACUGGGAUUUGCUUUCCUUUAUCAGAUCUCUCAAGGGUAUGAUACGGUCAACCAAUGCAGUUGUGAUGAUUACUUUCCCUCCAUCUGUUCUGUCACCUUCCUUCUCUAAGAGAUGGCAGCAUUUGGCGGAUACUCUGCUCUCUGUCAGGGCAAUCCCAGAUGAGGACAAAGAGAUGGCGAAGCUCCUGACAGGUUAUCAGGAUAUGGUUGGCCUUCUGCACGUCCAUAAAGUGGCUCAGAUUAAUACUCAGGUCCCUGUCAUUCUAGAAGCAACCACAUUCUCGAUAAAGCUAUAUCGACGAAGAUCCUUGGUAUUGGAGCGGUUAAAUCAAGCACCUGUGGAUGCUUCGAGUGGGAGCACAUAUGCCAAUUCUGGUAGUUGUUCCGGGUCCACAAAGACCUCAUCCAUUGAUUUCUAAUAUCCUUUCUUAUCAACAUCAUCACCUUCAUUGGUUCUGAUCAGCCUAUGCUGCCAUAGCAUGUCCAUUGGGCGUGGUAGCCAGAUGUGGGUGCAGAUGACCAAAUGCUGCUUGUUCGACUAAAAGAUCCUCUAUCCUUUUUGGUGCCCCCACCAAUCGUGGUCGAAAUUGUAUCCAAUGAAUGCUUCUUGCAGUUACACCAGGGAAAAGGGGGUUGCAAGAUGCUGAGUCUCACCAAUGGGUUCCCACGAGAUGGGUGGGCCCCAGUCCAGGAAAAGAGAGGUAGAAAUUGUUAUUGGAAGUGGCAAUUCCUCCUAGAUCAUCUGCAUCAGGGAACAUAUUUGUUGAUGCCGUGGAUUUUCUGACUUUUUUUGUUCUCCUGGACUCGUAACUUUGUAUUGAAUUAAUCCAGUCAGAUUGGUAUAAAUGAAAUUAAGUAUUCUUGUUUUC